GGGGAGGGUGAGAUGCAUGAUAGAGUGGCUAGGAUCAAUGCUGGGUAAUGGUAGUGGCAGACAAGCUACUCCAAAUAGCAGAAAAUGGAGGGGUUGUAUCCAUACCACAGGGAGGGAGGAUCUUAAUUAGUAUUUUGUUUCUUAGCAGCUGCUGGUAUGUCAGAGGCUUGGAAUUGGCAACAUCUAAAACUGCUGUAGUUACUGACCUCACCCAAGUUCCAAGGGCUCUUCCUGAGCCUCAGAGCUAAAAUACUCUGGAGCACUUUCCUAUUGGCUGGGAAGACCAACUGAAGUUCCCUUGCCCAUGUUUGGAGGUGGACGCCUCCUGAACUAAAGAUAGAAACAGCUGGCCCUUCUAGGCAGCUAAAAGCCUUCAGACUUAAGAGGUGUUCCCCACUCUGCAGCCAGACUCCUUGAAAUACCCUUUGAGUAAGCUCAACCAGCGCUUCCAUGUCUCUGCUCUGCCAUAACAAAGGCUGUGGGCAACACUUUGACCCUAAUAUCAAUCUCCCUGAUUCCUGUCACUAUCACCCUGGGGUCCCAAUCUUCCAUGAUGCACUUAAGGGUUGGUCCUGCUGCCGAAAGCGAACUGUAGAUUUCUCUGAGUUCUUAAAUAUCAAGGGCUGUACUGUGGGACCACACUGUGCUGAGAAGCAUCCUGAGGGCCCUGCCACGAGUUCGCUUCAGGAGCAAAAACCUCUGAAUACAAUUCCAAAGUCAGCAGAGACCUUGCUCCGAGAAAGGCCUAAGGCAGAGAUGCCUCCAAAACUGCUGCCACUUAUUAUAUCUCAAGCCCUGGGAGUGGCAUUGGAACAGAAGGAACUAGACCAGGAACCUGGAGCAGGACUUGACAGUAGUCUGAUCUGGACUGGUUCCAGCUGCCAGAACCCAGGAUGUGAUGCUGUUUACCAAGGUCCUGAGAGUGACUCUGCUCCAUGUACCUACCACCCAGGGGCACCUCGGUUUCAUGAGGGGAUGAAGUCUUGGAGCUGUUGUGGUAUCCAGACUCUGGAUUUUGGGGCAUUCCUGGCACAACCAGGAUGCAGAGUUGGUAGACAUGACUGGGCAAAGCAGCUGCCAGCUUCUUGCCGCCAUGAUUGGCACCAAACAGAUUCCUUGAUAGUGCUGACUGUAUAUGGCCAGAUUCCACUUCCUGCAUUUAACUGGGUGAAAGCCAGUCAAACUGAGCUUCAUGUCCACAUUGCCUUUGACGGUAACCGCGUGUUCCAAGCCCAAAUGAAGCUCUGGGGGGUCAUAAACGUGGAGCAGAGUUCUGUCUCCUUGAUGCCAUCACGGGUGGAAAUCUCCCUGGUCAAGGCUGACCCAGGAUCCUGGGCCCAGCUGGAGCACCCCGAUUCACUAGCUGAGAAGGCGAGGGCAGGGGUUUUGUUAGAGAUGGACGAGGAAGAAUCUGAGGAUUCAGAUGAUGACCUGAGCUGGACAGAGGAGGAGGAAGAAGAGGAAGAAGCUAUGGGGGAAUAGUAACAGCAGCCAGUUGAGUUAGUUUCUAGGUAGGCUCUCGGUGACCUCAGAGACUAGGAUAUGGUUGACUGUGUAGUGUCACUGAGCAGCAGGAGGCUGGAGGAGGAGAGAACAAACUGUGCUGCUACUCCCCUAAAUAAACCUUAUAUUCUGCGGUUUCACAGAAGCGUCAUCUCUCACCUCAUCAUGGAAGAGUGAAUUCAGUCCCGCCCCGCCCCACUUGGCUGUGUGUUUGGCACACAUGUGAAAACAAGCACAUGCAUAUGCAUUCUGCUCCUCGCAGCCACCAGGAGCGUAUGAACACUUCCUGGAUGUCCAGUUCCACGUUAGAUGGUUUACAGAAAGUUGAGAAUCAGCCUCACUCAUUUCUCUCAAGAGAAAGACCUGGGCUGGGUAUGGUGGUACAUGCCUGUAAUCCUACUACUUAGGGUCAGGAGUUCUUGGUCAUCCUCACCUACAUACUGAAUUGGAAGCUAGCCUGGGCUACAUGAAACCUUGUCCUACAACUUUCCCUCUGAAUAAAAGGUACAAACAAACAAAAAAAGAAAUGACAUUCUAAGCUGGGUCUGAUGGC